AUGACAACAGCUAUUGCAGUUGAGGAUGUAAGAAGAGAGGUGAAGGUAUUGAGAGCCUUGACUGGACAUAACAAUUUAGUCAAGUUCUAUGAUGCGUCUGAAGAUCAUGAUAAUGUUUAUAUAACAAUGGAGUUUUGUGAAGGAGACGAGAUUUUGGAUAAAAUACUUGCAAAGACUGUAAUGGUACAGAUACUAAAUGUUGUUGCUUUUUGCCAUCUUCAGGAUGUGGUGCAUCGAGAUCUUAAGCCAGAGAACUUUCUAUGUUAUGGUACAGAAGCUGAUGUUUGGAGAAUAGGUGUGAUAACAUAUAUUCUUUUAUGUGGUAGUCGUCUAUUUUGGGCAAGGACUGAAUCUGGAAUUUUUCGAGCAGUCCCAAAAGCCGAUUCGAAUUUUAUCGAAGCAACUUGGCCUUCCUUGUCUUCUGAAGCUAAGGGCUUCGUUAAACACCUUUUGAAAAGUACCUCAGGAAAAGAAGUGACACAUCCGUUGGUACAUUGGACUAAUCAUCUUUGUGAUGACACUGCCACUCGGAAGGAUUACACCAUUUUGAAAUCUCAGGGUUCGAUCCUUGGGGACAAGGAUUCGUUGAUGGAGGGGGAAUUGUCAUAA